CGGCUGGCUGUGCCCGCGGUGCCGCUCCGGAGCUCAAACAUCGCUGCUCGGCUGGCUGUGCCCGCGGUGCCGCUCCGGAGCUCAAACAUCGCUGCUCGGCCGUCCCCUCCUCACGCCGUCUGUCUGUCUGCGCUGGCGGAGGUGGAACCUUUCCGCAGCUCCCUUGGGGAGGUGAGGUUGGAGGAGACAGGGCCAGAGUCGCUGUGAAGAAGCGGAACGAACGGAGGAGGAGCAGUAUGAAAUUCAUCGCUGCUUAUUACGUGCUGCCGCUCUUUCCUGCUCUGGUCAUUGGCACUAGACAGGGCUAUGAAGAACUGGAAAGACAGCUGAAAGAAGUGUUUAAGGAGAGGAGCAACAUACUUCAUCAACUGUUAAAGACUUCUAAAGAACUUCAGGGAAUUAAAGUAAACCUUCAGUCUUUAAAAAAUGAUGAAGCAUCAACCAAAAGUGAUGUACAGAAACUUCUGGAGCUGAGCCAAAACCAAAGGGAAAUGAAAUCUCUCCAGGAGGCCUUUCAAAAGCAGCUUAAUGAGGCAGCUGAGAAGGCAGAGAAGCAGCAGGCUACCAUUAACUUUUUGAAGACUGAAAUGGAAAGGAAGAGCAAAAUGAUUCGAGACCUCCAAAACGAGAACAAAAGCCUCAAAAACAAGCUCUUGUCAGGAAACAAGCUUUGUGGAAUGCAUGCAGAAGAGUCAAAAAAGAUCCAAGCCCAGCUGAAAGAGCUUCGUUAUGGGAAAAAGGAUUUGAUUUUUAAGGCACAACAGCUAACGGAUCUGGAACAAAAACUAUCAGUUGCAAAAGACAAACUGGAAAACGCAGCCCUUGACAAAGAGUCACAGCUGAAAGCUCUGAAGGAGACUAUGCAGCUUUGCCUGUCUUCUGUUCUGCGCAAUCAGCCUCCCACAAGGAAUGCAAUCUCUUCAAAACCAGCUGAGAAGCUGACUUCCUCAAAUACAAAGGGCUCCAGAGUUCCAUUUCAAGUGACAAGCACCAAGGUCUGGCAAAAUGUCUCAUCAGAGAAAGAGAAUUUUCAUGUGGCCUUGAAAAAGGAAGAAAAUCAAAGCACCCAGGAGUGUGAUUCUCAAGAUGUUGCCAAGACAUGUCUGGGGAAUCGUAAUGAUUCAUCAUCUCGUUUGAAGGCAGCAGAAACAGGGACAAGCUUUCAGAAAUUUCACAGCCCUCCAUGGACUACACCUGAAGAUAAAAAAUCACCUGAAAAAAAGGAGAAAAAAUAUGAAGAAUCAGUUAGUACACCAGAAAAAAACCUCUAAAUGCUACUAAUCUACAUUGAAAAAUGCCAUUCGCUUCCAUCCUCAUGUUCUGUUAGCACAAAGGCAUGAAAUGUCCCGGGUUUCUAAAGCAUGGAUUUUUCACUAUUUUAUGAAUGUCUGUAAAUUAGUCUAGAACAGACCAAUUAGUACCUUACAGCAAUAAUCCAAAAUGGAUGUUUGAAGAUAUGCUUUGUAAUGCAGUCCAGGUUUUGAAUUCUUGUUCUACCUUAUCAGUAAUUGUAUACUAUAAAUUACCUUCUUUGUAAACAACAGUCAUUCUCAAAUAUAUUUCUCAGUCUGUUUUAUUUCAUGUAAUUUUGUGGCAGAUUAAGUUCUAAUAUUAAGGGGCAGUCAGUGUGUGUGGGGAAAGAUAACCAUAUUUGUGUAACCAUAUUUGAAGUACAACCCUUAAGUGCAACUGUAAAAAGAGAACUGUGUGCGUGGGGGUCCAUGUAUACUUACCUUUUAGUAAUUCCAUCUCAAAUCUACUUACUUACACAAUAAAAUAUGUUUAUUUUGUUCUUUUUUUCCUCA